UCGGCGGUCAGUUUCAUUUUCGUUGUUGUAAAGAACAAAGACAAAAGAAAAGGACAACGAAGAUUUCUGAAUUUAUCCCUGGUUUACGCGCCCCUCAUUGCAUCAAGUCACAGGACGGCGUCGAGGAAAAGCUAUCAGUCUCGCGCGUGGGAAGAGGUCGCCAGUAAGCUCACUCUCCGCCAAAAUCAAGGAUUCAUCAUGGAGACCGAGAAGAAAUGGUUGUGGAAGGCCACCAUGGCGGAGAAGUUCUUCGAUGUGUCCAACCGGUAUCAGACCUUCAUGGUAAGUUACCAGCUGACCGUCGCCACCGCCGCCCCCCUUCUCGAGGACCAGGUCACCACCGCGCUCUCACACCUCUACAGAAAAACGCCCAAUUUGAGAGCGUGCUUUGACCAGCGGGACGGACACACCUGGCUCAGAGAGAUGACGCAAGAGAAUAUUGACUUUGAGAUGUUGCCAGAAACCGCAUCGGCAGCCGAAACAUUGCAAAAACUGAGGAAUCACCAUUACGAUUCUAACGCGGGUCCUUUAUGGUGUGCCAAGCUGCGGUCCGGAUCUCCCUCGGAAGGCGCGGCGAACGAAAUGCAGGGUUUCCCACAUCUGUACACAUUCUUCCUUGGUUUCCAUCAUGGAAUUACCGAUGGUACAAGCACCAUGAAGAUUUGCGGUUUCCUCAUCCAGCUUCUUAACGACGUGAUUUCCGGGAAGACCAUCGAUGACGUCGAACAAUUCGGCGUUUUCAUCUCCGGCGAAAUGACGCACAAGAUCGUGGACGAGCGCGUUGCCGCCAUGAAGGCAGACCCGGAAACCCUGCAGAAGAUGAUAAGUGAGUCGGAGGCGCACAAGAGCGAUUGUUCCAUAUUAAACCUGACUUACAAAGACGCGAGAGAGGAAGAGUGCAAUACCAAGUGUGUAACACGAGACUUAGACGUGGAUACAACAAGCGCCUUCUUUAAGAAGUGUCGCGCGGAGUCAGUCACCGUCAACACAGCCUUCGCAGCUCUUGCCUACGCAGCCAUGGUUGACCUUCUGGUUCUUAAGGGCCUCGAGCAAGAUUCCUACAGAAUUCGCUGCGACCAUGUCGUAAGUGUGCGCCGGUACUGGGAUGAGGACGGCUCCAAGUAUCUCGGGUGUCACAUUCUACCGCCGAUGCCCAUAACUGCUGAAAUACCAAGACAUAUCGGCGACAAAUUCUGGGAUUUCGCAAGAUCCUUGCACAAGGAAAUACAAAGCGAACUCAAAGUUGGAGCAGUAGUGCGAGAAGAAGCGCUGAAAAACUUUUUCAUGCCAGAAAACGUAAACUAUGACGAGUUUUUCCAAAGCACUCAGUCAGGACCAGCUAACAACACAUGCGAUUUCUGUGUGUCCAACAUGGGCGAUGUGACGAAGCUGGUGACAGAGGGCGGCGACCACGUGCAAGCUACACACGUCCUCAGGUCGGUGUCCAUCCACGGGGUGCCCAACAACUGGUCUCACCUCUUCCACACCUUCCGCGGCCGCCUCAUCCACGUCUUAGACUACAAUACAGGGAGAGUGAACACGCAGAUGGCACAGACAUUCUGCGAGAGGAUCUUCCACCAUCUUCACAAUGUGCUUUAAAGGAAAUGUUUUGUUUUUGGUUCUCUCUGUUUCUGUUUUCCUCCCCCCCCCCCUCUCUCUCUCUCUCUCUCUCUCUCUCUCUCUCUCUCUCUCUCUCUCUCUCUCUCUCUCUCUCUCUCUCUCUCUCUCUCUCUCUCUCUCUCUCUCUCUCUCUCUCUCUCUCUCUCUUUCUCUCUCCCACACACUUUAUAUACAUACCAUAGCAUGUCAUCAUCUGUUUAGCUGAUUGAAUAUAGUGUAUUCUGCAAUACAAAACAUUUCAUGAAUAAAUAAGUGUGCCCAC